AUGAGUAGUAGCAUGGAUGAUACAAAGAGUGGUGACAAUAUCCAAUCUUCUAAAAUAGAAAACGAUCACAUUACAAACGAUAACAACACUGACAACAUUAUACAUAAUUCUGAUAUAGACCCUGCUUUCACUGAAAAUCAAAUUAACGAUAGCAAUAGCAAUAGCAAUAGCAAUAACAAUAACAAUGACAACACAAGCCCCGAUCAAUUAGAAAAUAAUAUGUCUGAUACAAACCAAUCCAUUAUAGAAAAUCAAGAUAAUACAAUAGAAAGACAUCGUAGGCAUAUCGCUGAUGCAGAUGAUGACGAUGAUGAUGAUGAAAAAAAGGAAGCCAAACUUGAUCAGAAUAUAAUGAAUACUCCUACUGCCACUGACACAAACGAGACUCAAUUAGAUAACAAACCUAUAUCGUCUCGUCAAGCAUUAGAAGAAAAACUGGACCUGUUAUUGAAAAAACCUAAAGUUAAAAGAUCAAGAAAGGAUGAGGAUGAUCUGGAACAAUACUUGGACGAAAAAAUCCUUAGGUUAAAAGAUGAAAUGAAUAUUGCUGCACAAAUGGACAUUGAUACAUUAAAUAAGAGAAUCGAGACUGGUGAUACAAAUUUGAUAGCCAUCCAGAAAGUCAAAUUGUUGCCUAAAGUGGAAGAGAUUCUGUCGAAGGCAAACUUGGCCGAUACAAUCUUAGAUAAUAACCUUUUACAAAGUGUCAGAAUAUGGCUGGAACCCUUACCUGAUGGUUCUUUACCAUCCUUUGAAAUCCAAAAAUCUCUAUUCUCUGCCAUCAAUAAUCUGCCAAUAAAAACCGAACAUUUAAAAGAAAGUGGUCUUGGUAGGGUCAUGAUCUUCUACACCAAAUCUAAGCGUGUUGAACCACAACUAGCAAGACUGGCUGAGAAGUUGAUUGCAGAAUGGACAAGACCAAUCAUUGGUGCUUCUGAUAACUAUAGAGAUUUAAGAAUUACCAAAUUAGAAUUCGACUCAGAACAAUUGAGAAAGAAAAAUGCAUUGGAUUCUGCAAAGAGGAAGAAAAGAAACAUUGGAAAUUCUCCAAACAAUAAAAGGUCCAAUCCCCAAACUUUGUAUGAACAAGCUGCUGCAAGAAGAGGUAGAGCUGCUGCCCCUGCGCAGACCACUACUGAUUAUAAAUAUGCCCCAGUGUCAAAUGUGGCUCCAAUCAAUACUACGGCAAGAACCACCGGUGUUGGCUCUACAUUAAAUAAUAGUGACUUAUACAAAAGAUUGACUUCAAGAUUGAGUAAGAAGAAGUGA